UUGAAACGCGUAUACCGGCUGACUGCCUGUACAAAUGGUUUUAUGAAUAAUUGCAUUUCCACCACAAGAUUAACGAAAUUUGCAAUAUAAUGGCACGCUUGGAAAAAAAUGAUAUCACUAUCAGAGAAAUGAUGGAUGAUAGUGCAGCGACUGGAGCAAUUUUAAAAGCGAAUGAACCGUGGCGAGAAGCUAAAGCGAAACUCUAUUAUGAUUUCUUGCAGAGCAUGCAAGCACACUUUUCUGAAACACAGAUCUUUGAUACGAUCGGAGAUUUUAUACAGAAUUGUGCAGACACAUUGGAUAUAAUGAGAGAUAUGCAAUCAAAAGUUGAAAAUAUGGAAAUAGCUCAAGAGGAAAUUUCUUUAGAGAGCGAGAGAAAUACAUGGAGAUUAAUAUAUUGCCUUUAUCAAAACCGUAUAAGUAGUGCCGGUUUAUCUACUCAAAUGGAACACGAUGGACAUAUAAAUAAUAAUUAUAUUUCUGAAAAGAAUGUUAUAGAAAAUUUGUAUAAAUCUGAGAGUUAUAUUAGGGAAUAUCAAUUGAUUAUUGACUGGUUAGAGAAGAAUGCUCUAGAUCAAGCAGAUAGAUAUCCAACUGUAGAACUUUUUACCGAUAAGACAGUGGCUUGGGAGAAUACAGUUCAUCAAUUGCACAAUAAAAGUUUAGGAAUUUCAUUUAGCUCAUCCAGACCACUAGUAUCAUUUCUUGAUCCUGAUGCACCAAUACGAGAAGGUAGACAAUUACAUGAUCUAGACAAAGAAGAUGAUGCCAGACUUGAAAAAAGAAUGUUUAUAGAGGUACGUUGUGGACGUCUUCAAAAAGCACAAGCAUUAGCUAUGCAUUGUGGUCAACCUUGGAGAGCUGCUUGUUUAUUGGGCUGGAUUCCUAAUCAUGAUCCAAAUUACAAUAAUCCAUCUACAGACAUUAAAUUACCAAUUGAAGGGAAUCCCAAUAGAAGUCUUUGGAAGAUGUGUGCUUGGGAACUGUCUCAAGAUAAACGCAUAGGUAUAUUUUAUCGUGCCAUAUUUGCAAGUCUUUGUGGAAAUGUCCAACUACUACUACAGAUAGCAUCAUCUUGGCAAGAUGCAUUGUGGGCAUAUGUGAAGACUCUUCUAGAUAUCAAAGUCGAAUCAGCAUUGAGAUCAAUGAUGGUGAAAAUGUAUAGUCCUAUGCCAGAAGAAUAUUGGAAAAACGAAAUCUCGUUAGAGGACGCAUUCAAGGGAUUGCAUGCAUCGAAAAAUUCAGUAAUACGGGCCCAAUCUAAUAAACCUGAUCAUUUAAUACAAAAAUAUAUAAUAUUAGAUCAAAUACCAAAACUAAUGGAGGAAAUUGAAACUAUGAUUGAUGUCGGAAUUUGUGAUUCGCAAUUCCUCAGAUUCCUGGCACAUCUAAUAUUAUUCUUUAGACAAAUCGGGCGAAGUACAAAAGAUAAAGUAGAAGACAAAGUAUUACUGGCAUAUGUUUGUGUUCUUAUAGAGAUAGGCGACCCGACUUUAGUCGCGUUCUAUACAGCUACACUGCCUCAAGAGGAACAAAUAACUAAUUAUGCCCGUUAUUUAGAAGAUGUUAAAGAGCAUGAACAGCGCAAAAGAUGUUUACGCGCAGCAGAGGAUGCAAAUUUGAAUAUAGAAGCGAUCACGAAAUUAGUGGUGGAAAAUAUACGUAAGAAAGACAUAGAAUCCGAACCAAUGGAUCUGAAAGGAACUAUAACUGAUGCAGAUAUGGAUAAGAUUAAUGCAUUAGAUUGGCUGAUUUUUUAUCAAAAUCAGAGAGAAGAAGCUUUACGGCAGACAAACGCGCUCAUUAGAUAUUUCUUAACUAAGGAGAAGCUCGAUGCAGCGCGGAAAGCGUUUAAUAAGAUACCAUCAGAUUCAAUUGAAUCGGUUAUGGCCGAAUAUUCGGGUAUGGAAUGCACACUCACGAAUCUUACAAUAACUAAUAAUUUAUCCAAACAAGCGGCUGCUUCGAUAAGAGAGUAUCUCUGUUAUAAGACGUACCUUGACGCCCAGGAAGGUUUCGACGAAUGGUUCUCUCACUAUCAUCAUGGUAAACCUGUGCCACCAGAGGAAUUAUCAACAUAUGCCACUUUUACAGAAAAAGUUGCAUAUGAUCAUAGAAAGACACAGUAUAAUCAAGAAUUGGAAAGAUGGAAAUCUACGAUGCAGCAUCACACAAAGGCUGUGAAACAGUUAUUAUUUAAUGUUCUGUUGUUCCCUGAUGGCGGUUGGCUCAUCGAUUCCAAAAACAGCAACGGCGAAUCGUGCAUAUCUGAAGGCGAGCUCAGAGAACAUCAGUUGCAGAAGCUGCGUGAAUUUUGCAUUCCUAAAGUCACACUUUUACUACAUUCGGUUAUGUCAGAAAUGAACGAGCAUGACGGCUGUAUUCAACUGGCAGACAUACUCGCCUCUGAGCAACAUCAACUAUACAAAGUAUUCUCAAAAGGAAGAUUACGUGAAAUAUUCAAAAAGAUCUGUGAAUCUUCUCUCAUUCUAAUGGAUCAAAAGAAAGAUCCUUGGGGAUAUCCAAAAUAGAUUUUAAAUACAUAAUAUAUUUUGUCUAGUACAUUUACUGUAUGAAAAAAAAACUAUAUGUGUACAGUGAUAUGUUAUUUAUAUUAUAGAACAUUUUUAUAGCCAUCGUGCAUUAAACAGACAUAUUAAAUGUAA